CCCGGCCUGCUGACGUCAGUUUCGCACGGGCAGUCACCCGUGGACGAACAAGAUGCUGUCGUGGCAGAGGACCGGGUUCCAUUUCCAGCCUGAGAAGAACUGGAUGAACGACCCCAACGGUCCGUUGUACUACAAAGGCUGGUACCAUUUCUUCUACCAAUACAACCCGAACGCCGCGGUGUGGGGCGACAUCGCAUGGGGCCACGCGGUGUCCAAGGACCUCCUCAGCUGGAGGCACCUCCCCCUGGCCAUGGUCCCCGACCGCUGGUACGACAUCGCCACCAACGAGUCCGUCCAGGUCCAGAACCUCGCCGUGCCCGCCGACCUCUCGGACCCCUUGCUCCUCGAAUGGACCAAGGUUGACGAUGCUAACCCCAUUUUGGUCCCGCCUCCUGGCGUCGGGGCGACGGACUUCAGGGACCCGACCACUGCCUGGUUUGAGCCUUCGGACUCCACAUGGCGCAUUGCCAUCGGCACGAAAGACGCCGACCACAGCGGCGUGGCCCUCGUCUACAGCACCAAGGACUUCCUGAACUACACCCUCCUCCCCGGCACUCUCCACACCGUCAAGCACGUCGGCAUGUGGGAGUGCAUCGACUUCUACCCCAUCGCCACCUCAGGCGCCGGCGCAAACCGAGGCCUCGACCCCUCCGUCCGCCCGUCGAAGCUCGUGAAGCACGUGCUGAAGGAGAGCUCCGACGACGACAGGCAAGAUUGGUACGCGAUCGGGACUUACGAUCCUGAUACCAACAAGUGGACCCCUGACGAUGAGAGUCUUGAUGUCGGGAUUGGGUUGAGGUACGACUUGGGCAAGUUCUAUGCGUCCAAGACGUUUUAUGACCAGGAGAAGAAGAGGAGAGUGCUUUGGGGUUGGAUCGGGGAGAGUGACAGUGAGAGUGCUGAUAUUCUCAAGGGCUGGGCUUCGCUUCAGGGCAUUCCUCGAACCGUGUUGUACGACUUGAGAACCGGCAGCAACCUCAUCACAUGGCCCAUCGAGGAGGUCGAGUCCCUACGCUCCAACCUCCACGAUUUCAGCGGCAUCACCAUCGACAAAGGCUCCACCUUCCACCUCGACGUUCACGGCGCCGCUCAGCUUGACAUCGAAGCCGAGUUCAAGAUCAACGAGGAAUCCCUGUCGGCCGAGGCCGAGAACGGGGCGGGCGUCAUGUACAACUGCAGCGGCCUGCUCGUGCUCGCGAACAGUGAUCUGACCGAGCAGACCGCGGCCUAUUUCUACGUUAGCAGGGGAGUUGACGGCGAGCUCCAGACUCACUUCUGCCAGGACGAAACGAGGUCGUCGAAGGCCCGUGCUUAAGGGCGAAACACUGUCGUUAAGAAUAUUGGUGGACCACUCGAUCGUGGAGAGCUUUGCGCAAGGGGGCAGGGCGAGCGCAACAUCUCGGGUGUAUCCAACGGAAGCAAUUUACAGCUCGGCGAAAGUUUUCCUUUUCAACAAUGCAACCGGGGCUAGUAUUACCGCCCAAAGCUUGAAGAUAUGGCAUAUGAACUCAACAUUGAGCCGUCCUUUCGACUUCAAUGAUGGAGCGCAAGCGCAAUAAGAAGGCCUGCCUAGCUCCAAUAUUUUUUAUUUUUUAUUUUUUUUAUUUUUAUUUUUUUUAUUUUUUUUUUGGUGGUGUGUUGAGUUGAUAUCAUCCCUAUUGUUUCGAUUUUUAGAAUUGCUCCUAUUCGAGUUUGUAAACUAGUGGUUAUGGAAAAUUUGUAGAUUAUGUAAGUUUUCCUCUUUUUUUUCAUUUUUCACUUUUUUAUCGCUGGAAGCUGGGUUUUUUCAGCAAGUGUAAGCAUAUUGCAUGUUACUAAUAUCUAGGUUGUCAAUGAAAUUCCUUCAAGAAGGUUGUUAAUGAAAUUAUUAAAGUUUGUUAUAUUUA